AAUAUUUAAAAAGACAAAUGUACCCAAUGCGUAGUGGGUAAACAUUCUAUUUAGGGUUUAUGAUAAAGCCGCUACAGAAUUAGGGUUUAUGGUAUCUGCGUACCAACAGAUAAGAUAAAACCUCUGUGAUUAUUUGUUCCAUUUUGCAGUAUCUGAAAAUCCGUAAUAAUGGGCAAAAAGAAAUUCAUCGAUAAGAAAAAAGCGGCGACGUUCCAAUUACUCGCGCGAGACUCCUCGGAUCCCAAUUACAGCAACGCACCUGGCAGUGAUCGAGUCUUCGUCCGAGUGGACAACAAUCCCGUCUCCGUUCACACCGUCUUGGAUGAAGAUAACCGUUGCUACAAUGACAGUCAAUACGAUGAAGAAGACUCAAUUUUCGCCGAUGCACCCGACGACGAUGACAACGGCGGCGACGAUUACGAUAGCGUGUUAGGAAACUCCUCUCGUAAGGCCUCGAAUGAGAAGGGAGCAUUGCCGGAGAAGGUCAGGAAGGAGAUCUUGGAGCUAGGGUUUCCAGAUGAUGGUUACAAUUAUUUGAUUCAUCUGAGAGAGAUUAGAAAUACAGGUGGCGGCUCUGCUUUCUAUCAUAACCCUAAGUUCAAGCCCGAUCAGCUUCCUCGUGAUAUAAAGGCGUAUGAUGCUUCGAGAGUACAGAUAUUGAAAUCAAAAGGGGAUUACAAUGAGAAGUCGAUAUACAGUGUUGCUUCAAAGACACUUAAUGCGAGGAUGCAGAAAGUGGUUGAUCCUGAAGUGGCUGCACUGCUUGAUGAUAGUGAUUUGUCGCGGUUUGGUUCGGAUGUCGAGGAUUUGGAGGAGGAUUUUGUUCUAAGAGCAAACACGGCUGAAGCAGGAGAGAGUGAUGAGACUGAUAAGAAGUUGGAUUUUGUUGAGAAAUCCGACGUUAUUAUUGAUGGUGUCAAGAAAGCUGGUUCUGAUUCUGGCAAUCAAGAGAUUGCUAAUGAAGUAAGGAAUUACCAAGUGGAAAAGCCACACGCCCGGAGUCUCUUGGACGAGCAAUUUGACAUUCUUGAACAGCAAGAAUAUGGCACUGAUGAUGAUGAAUAUGAGGGUUACAUAGCUGAACAAGAAGAAUUUCUGGCAGACAAGCUGAAAAAUGUCCUUAAUGAAAAUGAUAUGGAUGACUUGGAGCUUGAUGACAAGUAUAAAGCUCCUGCUGAUUUAUUGCACGGUAGUGAGAGUCUAAAAUGCAAAGAGCUGCUGGCCUCUGCUGCUGAUAUCAUGCGUCGUUGUGCUGAAUAUGCUGAAAAGUAUGAAAAUGAAAGUGAAGAUGAAAAAGUGCUGGUUGUGCAGGAAAGCAGUGAUGAGUCAGAGAAAUUCGAUUGUGAGAGCAUCAUUUCCACGUAUUCAACUCUUGAUAAUCACCCUGGAAAAAUUGAAGCUCCAGAGGUCGCUAGGAAAAAGAAGUUGGCUGAAACUGUAUCUGGGGUCUUGUGUGCCAAAAGUCAGGUUAUAUCCCUUAGAGGAAAAGAGAAGCUCCCUGUAGACUUUUUACCUAAUAGCAGAAAGGUUGCUACUGAAAAAGUUAAGGUUGCAGGUAGCUUAAAACCUGAACAGUUUAAGAGAAAGCAACAUGGCCAAGAGAAUAAGGAGGAAAAGAAAGAACGGAAGGUUGCUGUAAAAAGGGAGCGAAGUGAAGCACGGCGAAUGAAAAAGGCAACGAAAGAGCUGUACCGGAGUGAAGCCCAGCAAGCUCAGAAAGUAGCUGCUCUAGCUGGCCCAUCUUCCAUUCGAUUAAUGUAGGUAAACUUUGGGCUGGUCGGUUGUUUGAGGCUGUAUUUUCUGCUGGGAUGCUCUCAUUGUUGCUUAUGCUUAUGCAUGUGCACGUACGCAGGUACUUGACAAGAAAAAGGCACCUCAUUUGUGGUUGGAGCAUCCUUUGGUGCUAGCUGUUAAAUUGUUAAUUUUCUUAUAUUUGAUGUUUUGAGUUCAAAAUUGACGUAUAACAUGGAAGAUCUUUGCUUAAUCUUUUUAGGUGUGGAUGCUUAAUUUAUCUUUGCAUUUAAAUGUGUUAUAUUAAUAUGGUUGCCUCCACUUCUGUUCAUCUUCCAAUCUGACUAUUCUUGUAUGUUAAGAAAAUGACUAAUAUGCAUGUUCAAUUUGUAAGGUCAGUAAGUGCCAGUGCCCCAAACUUUUUAAAAUGGAAGAUGAACUAAGGUUUCAAUUCAGACGAUGUUAGCUUACUGUUGUGAGUAGUUUUUUCUUUUUAUAAUUUUGUUGUUUAAACUAAAUAUUUGUUUUGGGUAUUCUACAAUGUGUAUUAUAUAGUAUACUGACUAAAACAAAAAAUUGAAAAACAAAAACUUAUAUGAUGUUUUAGAAGAUGAGAUGAAUUGCAGUAUGUGCUACUAUUGUUUCUGAUGCAGAGCUGUUGACAUUUUGAACAAGCAUCUUUGUGUCCAUAUUGCAUCAAGUAUCUUUUGCCUCAUUCUUUCUGCCUUUGUUUGGUAAAGUAGAUUCUCUUAGACUUUGGUAAAAUAGAUAGAUAUAUGGAAAAAGAUAAAAAAUUGAGAGGAGAGAAAAUUGAAUGGAUGUAUUUUUUUUUUCCUGUUA